CAGUGACGACGGACGGUCUGACGCUACAGCCUUUGAAAUGGCGUUGAUGCAUUUAGGUUCACCGAUAUUUGUAGCUAUUGUGCUUGAUUAGGUCGCUUUAGGUUUUAGUGUUCAGGUCCAUUGCGAACAUCUGGACCUAGACUCUACAUCAGUACAUUGCAUAGUUCUUAAACAAAAAAUGUGGUCUAGAAAAUAGAUAAUAAUUAAUGUUGCAUAAUAAGGCCGCAAUUGCCACCGAGCUUGCGUAGGGAUUACAUCGGCUUUUGAACGCUUGGCCCUCCCACUGCUACAUUUCGGUCUUCAAGGGGACUCCAUGUGGACAUGUGCAUCGUGAAAAGACUGUUCAGUUCAUCCUCGAAGUUACUGACUACUUAAUUAUAUAAUCCCUCUGAUUUGUAGUAUCACAGUCUCCUCUGAGUAAAUUUUGACCUGUUCACGUGUGCAAAGCAGUUGAUAGACACUCUCAGUAUGGCAUCUGUUCCAGUCUACUGUCUGUGUCGCCUUCCUUAUGAUGUGACACGUUUCAUGAUUGAGUGUGACAUUUGCCAAGACUGGUUCCAUGGAAGUUGUGUUGGAGUAGAAGAGGAUAAAGCAGCUGAGAUCGACCUGUAUCAUUGCCCUAACUGUCAGGUUACUCAUGGCCCAUCUGUCAUGCGUAAGCGCCGCGGAGGCAACAAGCAAGCAGAUGGAGGUGCUGCUGGAGUACGAGACCCAAGUCGGCCAGUUAAAACAGGCAGCCCUCAGUUUGUGAGGGAGCUACGAACUCGCACCUUUCCAAAUGCGGAUGAGGUUUUACUGAAGCCCUCGGGAGCCCAGCUGACAGUUGAAUUUCUGGAGGAGCAUUCAUUCAGUGUUCCUGUCAUGGUGCUGCGGCGUGAUGGCCUUGGAAUGACCCUGCCCCCGGCAUCAUUCAGUGUCAGUGACAUAGAGCACUAUAUUGGUGCAGACAAAGAGAUUGAUGUGAUUGAUGUAUCUCGCCAGUGUGACUUGAAGAUGCGGUUAGGAGACUUCGUAGAGUAUUACAACAGUCCUAACAGAGACAGAGUUCUCAAUGUCAUCAGUCUGGAGUUCUCUGAGACCAGGCUCUCAAACUUGGUGGAGACUCCAAAGAUUGUCAGAAAACUCUCCUGGGUGGAAAACCUCUGGCCUGAGGAGUCUGUGUUUGAACGCCCUAAUGUGCAGAAGUACUGCCUAAUGGGUGUAAAGGAUAGCUACACAGACUUUCACAUUGAUUUUGGAGGUACCUCAGUAUGGUACCAUGUUCUGAGGGGCGAAAAAAUCUUCUAUCUGAUUUCCCCUACCCCAGCCAACCUGGCACUGUUUGAAAGAUGGAGUUCUUCAUCAAACCAGAAUGAAAUGUUCUUUGGAGAUCAGGUUGAUAUGUGUUACAAGUGCUCUGUCAAACAAGGAAACACCUUGUUUAUACCAACAGGGUGGAUUCACGCUGUAUUGACUCCAGUGGACUGCCUGGCCUUUGGAGGAAACUUCUUACACAGUCUCAACAUUGAUAUGCAGCUACGGGCAUAUGAAAUAGAGAAGAGGUUAAGCACAGCAGACUUAUUCAAAUUUCCCAAUUUUGAGACUGUGUGCUGGUAUGUGGGGAAACACCUUCUUGAUACCUUCAGAGGUUUGAGAGAAAACCGCAGACACCCAGCCUCUUACCUGGUUCAUGGGGCUAAAGCGUUGAACAAUGCCUUCCGCAGCUGGACCCGCAAAGAGGCUUUAGCAGAGCAUGAGGUGGAGAUUCCAGAGACCAUCAAUACUCAGACACUAGUGAAGGACCUGGCCAAGGAGAUUCGCCUCGUUGAGGACAUCUUCCAGCAAAACAUUGGUCGAACUGGACAACAGUAUCCUGGUUCACCGCUCUCCAAAGCACCGCUCACCACUGCUCAGAAUUCAGGACGUCCCCCAGGAAAAAAGAAAGGUCCAAAGCCCAAGGAGGUGUUAGGGGGUCUUGCGCUUCCUGGAACCAAGAAAAAGAAUCAGAAGGGGGUUCUUAAGGCAGAAGCAGGAGAGCUUGAUCUUCUCGAGAUUCACACCAAACAUACUCUAAAGAAAUUUCAACCUGGCAAAUCUAAAAACAAAAACAAGUUAGAACUUCCGUUAGAAGAGUUUGAAGGGAAGCUUAAUAAAAGCAAACUCAAACUUGUGUUGACAAAUGGAAAAAUUCAGGGGAAGAAAGAUGGCAGCAGUAAUGGUGCAGGGAGUGCAGGUAGCUACAAACAUCUUGCUAUGGAGGGAUCCAGUCUGUCUGACUUUGAGUCUGAGGAUGAGCUACAGAUUGAUGAGACCCCCCCUCCAAGACGAAAACCUGCAGGGUCUGGCAAGAAAAAGAAACUGAGUGGUCUUCCCCGGAAACUGCCUAGAGCCAAACCCUGCUCCGACCCCAAUCGCAUCAGGGAGCCAGGAGAGGUUGACUUUGACAUUGAGGAGGAUUACACCACAGAUGAAGAGGCCCUGGCCGCCCACGGAGUAAAGGGUGGUGCAGGUGGCAUUCUUGACUUAUUGAAGGCCAGCAAACAAGUGGCAGGCUUGGACUCGGCACUCAGCGAGGAAGCCCCAGCCUCUCCCAGUACCCGUGAUGCCAUUCAGGGUAUGCUUUCAAUGGCCAAUCCCCCUUCGUCAUCUUCGUCUUCUUCCUCCUCAUCUCCUUUAUCUAUCUCUGGGGGCCUGACAGAGGGUUUGGGCGUGGUCAAGGAAAAGGGAGGCAGGGCUGUGUGGGUAACUGGAGGAGUUAAAAAGACAGGAACUCCUGAAAAAAAACCUGUCAUUCAGCGACCUGGAAAACGACCAAUUAAACGACCAGCUCGUCAUCUUAGUGAUGAAGAGAGUCCAGAUGAACAGGAAACUCUGGGAACCUGUUUUAAAGAUUCAGACUAUGUUUACCCAUCCUUGGAGUCUGAUGAGGAGGAUCAUGCUACCAAGGCUAAAAUGAAAAAGAAGAAGAACUGGGACGAUACACCUUGGAGCCCAAAAGCCAGGGUGAUGCCCACACUUCCAAAGCAGGAUCGACCAGCUAGGGAAGGAGCAAGAGUUGCAUCUGUAGAAACUGGUCUUGCUGCGGCAGCUGCCAAGUUGGCACAACAAGAGCAGCAAAAACCUGCGAAAAGAAAAUACACAAAAAAGCAGCGUCCACCUGCUCCUGUGGCAUCUCCUCCCCCUGUUCAGACUGAGCCAUCCCCACCCUCCCCACCACCUGCUACAGAUUCUGCAGCAGAUUUCAGCCCAGACAGGAGAAUGGACUAUUACUCUGCCAGUCUGCUGGACCACGAAUACACAGCUGGACCGGGACCUUUUGGCCCUGGAGGCCCCAGAGGCAGUGGGGCUAUGGCUCCUGGUGUAUUUCUCACUUCACGUCGACCCUCCCUUUCUCCGCAGAACAGCAGCUCUCAUUCUGGUGUAUCACCUGCAGGGUUAGCCAGCCAAGGUGCAACAGGAGUUGGUCAAGGGAAACGUCCAAAGAAAGGACUUGCAACUGCAAAACAGAGACUUGGAAAAAUUCUGAAAAUUCACCGCAACGGCAAGCUUCUUUUGUGAGGGAUGUUGGAAAGGUGGCAUUUAAGGCAUUUAAGAGGAAAUGAAGAUGAGGCUUUUGUUUUUGUAGGUCUGAAGGAGAUAGAAAUAGUCAUCUAUAUUUUGUACUGAUAAAGUUGUUUACUGUUUUCACCUGUUAUUGCAUCGUGCUAUGUCUUGCCUAUUCUAAUAAUCCUUUUCAGCUAAUUAGCAAUCUGUUUGUCACUCCACUUACUUAUAGCUGCAUAUAGAGAAGCUUUUAUCACAUCAAUAAAUUCCAUAAAAUGUGCUAGAUCAAUACACCACUGACAAAAAAAAGCACAUUCUAAUUGGCACAGGGAAUGCAAAAUUGUUGAAGGCAUUUUAAAAUGACAGCUGGACACUGAAACUAAACUGGCCAGACUCAUUUGUAUAAUGAAUCGACAUUGUCUAAUAGCUUCUUUUAUUUUGAUAUUUCUAGUGACUUUAUGCAGAGAUGUCAUACUGUGCAUCAUCAAUUUUUAAAGGGAUAUAAACACUUUUUUUAGUCGGGGGAAACAAUGUCUGUACAGCCCUUUAUCCCACUACACGCACACAGUUGGAGUGUCGUCCUUUUUUUAUCUCAAUUUACCUCAUGAGCCUUGUGGUUGAUGAUCACAAGAAACUAAUCUUUGGACACAAACAGCAAAAAUCCAGUGUAUGCACAUGUUUAGCACCCAGUGUGCCACAUGUACUUUGUUUUUGAGGAAUUUGUUGCUCAUGUUUGUAUCUUUAAUUUUCUACUUAAACUGUAGCGCAACACAUGAAACAGAGUGCUAAAAUGAUGCCAAGAAUAACAUGCAAUUUCUAUUUAUUCUGAUCAUAUUUAUUACCAAGGCAUAUGACAUGUUUAAAUCACCUCAUCUGUUAACAUUGUAGGUUCUUCUCAGUCCCCAAUUUAUUAUUUUAUGACCAGUGUAGACUUGUACACAAAUGUAUCCAUUGAUUUGUGAACUUUUGCAACUUUUGUUCAUUGUACAUAUUUGUAAUAUUUGUAAAAUAUAUAUAGCUACAUUGGCGGAAAGAUAUUAUGAGGAAAAACUAAUUUCCUGCAGAUUGCUACGUGGGCCCUGACUAUUGGCAGAGCUCUUGGGCCAGACCUAGAGUUGUGCUUUCUUUCCACAGAAUGUACUAGUGAUAAUAUGUUGACAGAAAUGUAGAUUUAACUGUGUGACCAUUGUGGAGAUGCAGGAUUUUAACUGAUAUGUAAAUAUAUGUUGUAAUUUAAGUUCUUUUAUAGUUCAAAAACUUUCGUAACAUAACUUGUACAUGAUACAUUGCUGUAUUUGGAAAAUAUCUGAACUAGCUCUUUUUUUUACAUUUGUACACAGUAAUUGUCAUGCCUAGUUUGUCAUAUUGUCUUGUUUGUGUAAUAUUGGAAGCGUGCUGGAAAUAUGCCCUUGUUUAAUUUCAUCCAUUUAGCUGUGUAAUGGUUAUUGUUGAUAUUCACUUUUGUGUUGGUGUACUAUGUUAUAACAUGAUGUGUUUAAAUACGACCUCAAACACAUAAAAUGUACCGUGGGCAACA